AUGAAUAAGCAAAUGUGUAAAAGGUUCAAGGAUGUAAGGGAAUGGAUUUCCGAUGAAUUGAAAGGUAAAGAAAACUAUGAAAUUAAAGAUGAUACGCCUUUAAAUAAUUAUUCUUGUAAUAUUAAUAAUAAUUGUCAACGUGAUUUCGAUAAAAUAAGUGCUGGAUGUUUAUAUUUGUUGGAUGAAUUCAUUAAGGAUUGUGGUGUGAAUUCCUCCCCUGUAAAAAAUAUCAUCAAUAUUGUUGAUUACAUUUUGAUAUGGUUAAGUUAUAUGUUAAACCUGACCAAUAGUGAAGGAGAAAGCAAUAUAACAUGUUUUUGUAGAGAAUACAUAUAUUAUUGUGAUAAGUAUAACAAUAAAAUAAAUGAAUUAACUGAUUAUGAUAAUUAUAAGGAUCUUUUAGAUAAAAAAAAUUAUGUGUUGAAUAUGGAUAGUUAUGAUGUACCUAAAUUUUAUGAAGCAUUUAAAUUGUUAUGUGAAAUGUAUACUGAAUUUGAUGAAAAAAAGAAAGAUUGCACAAACUGUUCGGAAAAAGCUAGUCAAUUUGUUGAAAAAUAUAAAAAACUUUACAAGGAUCAUAUCACUAAAGACAGUUCAUAUAGUAAAGUAUUGUGUACUUUAUCAAAUGACUAUGAUAAUUUUAAAAAGAAAUAUAAUGAAUCUGAUUGUUGUGAAUCUUCACCCCUUCCAACGAUAGAAAAAGAAAAAAUUCCUGAAAUAUGUUUUGAACAAACUGCACAAAUUUCUGAAGAUACAUCAUCAAGUUCGUCGAUAGCAAGCAAAUUAAUUCCAGUUUUAUUGAUAUUUGCCGCAAUACCAAUUUUCUUGGGAAUUGCUUAUAAGUAUUCGUUAUUUGGAUUUCGGAAACGAUUUAAAAAACAAUAUUUAAGAGAAAAAAUAAAUAAUAUAAAGAAGAAAAUGAAUCAUUAA